GGGACCCUUCUUUAAACUGGAGCCCCGGCCGGCGCAGCUGUCCCUAGCAUUCCUGACGUGUCAUCGGUCCACAGAUUGGAGAAUUAAAAGGGACUAGAGACUGUGCGGCCAUUCUGACAUUUUUCUUAGGCUGCUGACUUAGUUUGCUUUACUCUUCUUCCUUCGGAGACUUCUGCAUUACAUCUAUCCGACAAGUCUUGGGCCAGAGGCCCCCAAUAUGGCGGACCAGUAUAACACCAAUGAGGAGAAAAUUCUGAAAGAUAGUCACACCAAGGAGAUUGAUUUGAUCAACAGGGACCCUAAGCAGAUCAAUGAAGAUGUUGUCAAGGUGGAUUUUGAGGAUGUGAUAGCCGAGCCCGACGGCACCCACAGUAUGGAUGGAGUGUGGAAGGCCAGCUACACCACCUUCACCGUCUCCAAGUACUGGUGCUACCGUGUGCUGUCGGCCAUCUUUGGCAUCCCAGUGGCACUGCUGUGGGGCUUCUGCUUUGCCUGCAUCUCCUUCUGUCACAUCUGGGCAGUCAUGCCCUGCAUUAAGAGCUAUCUGAUCGAGACCCAGUGCCUGAGUCGAAUCUACUCUCUCUGCAUCCAUACCUUCUGUGACCCCUUGUUUGAAGCUCUAGGGAAAAUUUUCAGCAGCGUACGGGUGGCAUUACGCAAAGAGGUUUAGAUUUUCAAAGUCAAAGUUUUCAAUGAUCAGUCCUUGGAGGAAAAUGUUUAAUUUUACAAAUAUCUAAUUUUGGAGUGUGGAUUUUGAAGUCACUAAAAAUGAAAAGACUACAUGAAUAAUAGAAUGCAUAUAUCCCCUGGAUGGUUAAUCCUAUGUAUUCCCAUGUUUUUUUUUCUCAGUUGAUGUUAGAGGCUUUGGGAGCAAUUCAGGAUUAGGCCACCUGUUUGUUCAGAGAGACAUAUGAUGAAAAGCCUCUCUGACUGACAAUGGAGAAUAAGUCUUAUCUGAUAUCAUAGGUUUUCUCUCUUUAGGUUUGACAGAUUUAAAAUGGGAUGUUGCGGAGUAAGGUAUUUUUAUUAUGACAAUGUCAGAUAUAUUCUGUACAACUAAUUAAACAUUUAAAUGUAAACACAAAUAAAUGUUGUUUUGAGUU